AUGAUGCGGAUGCUCGAACCGGCGCUGCUCUUCGGGCUGUGGGCGCUCGCGCACGGGGCUUUUCCCAGCAGCGUGCAGAUCGGCGGCUUGUUCAUCAGGAACACGGAUCAGGAGUACACUGCAUUCCGACUGGCUGUGUUCCUCCACAACACGAGCCCGAACGCCACCGAGGCUCCAUUUAACCUCGUCCCACAUGUGGACAAUAUCGAGAGCGCGAACAGCUUCGCCGUGACCAAUGCCUUCUGCUCUCAGUACUCGCGAGGUGUGUUUGCGAUAUUCGGUGUGUACGACAAGCGUUCUGUCCACACACUCUCAUCGUUCUGCGCAUCCCUGCACAUCUCGCUCAUCUCCCCGAGCUUUCCAGCAGAAGGAGAUACCCAGUUCCUGAUUCAGCUCCGCCCCUCCGUCCGCGGCGCCUUACUCAGCAUCAUCAACCACUACGAAUGGACUCGAUUCAUCUUCCUGUAUGACACGGACCGAGGAUACACUAUCCUUCAGGCCAUCAUGGAGAGGGCUGGUCAGAAUGGAUGGUUGGUGAGCGCGAUCUGUGUGGAGAAUUUUGGUGAUGCUGCUUAUCGACGCCUCCUUGAAGAUCUGGACCGUCGCAAUGAAAAGAAGUUUGUUGUUGAUCUAGAGGCUGAACGACUCCAGAACUUUCUAGAGCAGGCGGUGAGUGUAGGGAAGCAUGUGAAGGGUUAUCAUUACAUCAUCGGUAACCUGGGCUUUAAGGACGUGUCUCUCGAGCGCUUUAUGCAUGGAGGAGCAAAUGUUACUGGUUUCCAGUUAGUGGAUUUCAGUAAACCAAUGGUGAUCAAACUUAUGCAGCGCUGGAACAAACUCGAUCAGAGAGAAUACCCAGGCUCUGAAACUCCGCCCAAGUACACUUCCUCCCUGACAUACGAUGCUGUGUUGGUGAUGGCUGAAGCGUUCCGGAACCUUCGGCGUCAGAAGAUUGAUAUCACACGCCGUGGAAAUGCCGGAGACUGUCUGGCCAAUCCGGCAGCUCCAUGGAACCAAGGCAUAGACAUGGAGCGCACCUUAAAACAGGUACAGAUCCAGGGUCUGACAGGAAACAUUCAGUUUGAUCAGAACGGACGCAGAGUGAACUACACCAUGGAUGUGUUUGAAAUGAGAAGUAAUGGCCCACAAAAGAUUGGUUACUGGAAUGACAUGGAUAAACUGGUGUUGGUGCAGAAUGAGCUAGCAGGUGGAAAUGGCUCAGCUGGGGAGAACAGAACCGUCAUCGUCACCACCAUCAUGGAAGGACCGUACGUGAUGCUGAAGAAAAACUGGGAGAUGUACGAAGGGAACGAUCAGUACGAGGGAUACUGUGUUGAUCUGGCAUCUGAAAUUGCCAAACACAUCGGGAUUAAAUACAAAAUCUCCAUCGUUCCAGAUGGGAAGUAUGGUGCAAGGGAUCCGGAGACCAAGAUCUGGAAUGGGAUGGUGGGGGAGCUUGUGUACGGGAAAGCUGAGAUCGCUGUGGCUCCUUUAACAAUCACCCUCGUGAGGGAGGAAGUGAUUGACUUCUCCAAACCCUUCAUGAGCCUCGGAAUCUCCAUCAUGAUCAAAAAGCCGCAGAAGUCCAAGCCGGGUGUGUUCUCAUUCCUCGACCCAUUGGCCUAUGAGAUCUGGAUGUGUAUUGUAUUCGCCUACAUUGGGGUGAGCGUCGUGCUUUUCCUCGUCAGCCGCUUCAGUCCUUACGAGUGGAAACGUGACGAGGCCGAGGAAGAACCGGAUGCAGAUCAGCCACCCAACGAGUUCGGCAUCUUUAACAGCUUGUGGUUCAGCCUGGGAGCCUUCAUGCAGCAGGGCUGUGACUUCACACCCAGGUCUUUGUCAGGUCGUAUAGUGGGCGGGGUUUGGUGGUUCUUCACUCUCAUUAUCAUCUCGUCAUACACGGCGAACCUGGCAGCUUUCCUCACUGUGGAGAGAAUGGUAUCUCCCAUCGAGAGUGCAGAAGAUCUUGCCAAGCAGACUGAGAUCGCCUACGGCACACUCGAUUCUGGCUCUACCAAGGAAUUCUUCAAGAGGUCUAAGAUUGCGGUGUAUGAGAAGAUGUGGUCGUACAUGAAGUCGGCUGAGCCGUCCGUGUUCACGAAGACGACUGUGGAGGGCGUGUCCCGGGUGCGCAGGUCGAAGGGAAAGUACGCGUUCCUCCUGGAAUCCACCAUGAAUGAGUACACAGAGCAAAGGAAACCGUGCGACACCAUGAAGGUUGGAGGGAACCUUGACUCCAAAGGCUACGGCAUCGCUACACCCAAGGGCUCGCAGCUAAGAACCCCAGUAAACCUCGCAGUAUUGAAACUGAGUGAAGCAGGAGUCUUAGACAAACUGAAAAACAAGUGGUGGUACGAUAAGGGCGAGUGUGGACCCAAGGACUCAGGAAGUAAGGAUAAGAGCUCUCAGGCACUGAGCCUGAGCAACGUAGCGGGCGUAUUCUACAUCCUGGUGGGCGGGCUUGGCCUCGCCAUGCUGGUGGCGCUUGUCGAGUUCUGCUACAAAUCAAAAGCUGAAGAGAAGAAACGGGCAGACGAGUGGAAGCAGAAACAAGCAGAAUCAGCCGAGCUGAACUUCAGUCCGGUACCAAGCCCGAGCCCGAGUAUCCAGAACUUAGCAACCUAUAGAGAAGGGUACAAUGUGUACGGCUCAGAUGGUAUAAAGAUCUAGGGGAGUUCGCCUUCACCUAAGCCGUGAGAGACUCCUUAAGGCCCGGCUGUCAACCA